AUGACACCAACACCAUUGGACUCCGAACCGUCCGACCCAUUCAUCCACUACCCCAGAAUCCUGUGCCUCCACGGAGGAGGCGCAAACUCCCGAAUCUUCCGCGUUUCUUGCAGAGUGCUCGAGGCGCAGCUGGCGAGCCGUGCGAGAUUAGUGUAUGUGGAUGCGCCUUUCUUUGCUCCCCCGGGCCCGCUCAUCACUGGCGUCUUCACUGACUGGGGUCCCUUUCGAUCAUGGCUUCCCCCUGCGCUUGGGGUCGGACCGGGCAAGGGCCAGGGGGUGGCAUGUAUUGAUGAGGAUCCUACGGAUGCUGGCUUGGUGGUUGAGAAGAUCGAUCAAAGUUUGAGGACGGCGAUGGAGGAGGAUGAUCGAGCAGGAGGUAAGGGCCCAUGGGUGGGUUUGUUAGGGUUCAGUCAGGGUGCCAAAAUUGCCGCGAGUCUGCUUCUGAGACAGCAGCAUGAGCAUGAGCAUGGCUGGUUUGCCUCCUUGCCGGUCUUCCUUUUCGGCGUCCUGAUCGCGGGGCCUGCGCCAUUUGUCUCGCUGGUUCCAUCGCCAGACCAAGCAAUACCACCACAAUCAUCGCCUAAAUCUAUACUUCAAAUACCCACGAUCCACGUUUAUGGCAGACAUGAUUCUAUCGUUUUUGCCCCUGAUGAAUGGUUCUAUCACAGUUGCUCAGCUGAGUCGAGGAAACUGCUCGUCUGGGAUGGCGACCACUUCGUGCCUACGAGGACCAGGGAGGUUACUGCAGUGAUGAUGAUGAUUGCAGAGAUGCUUGAUAAAGAUGCACAAUAG